UCGGAAGCCGCGCGCGCGCUUAUCACGUAACAGCACACCGCCGAAAGCUAUGAAUCACCACGAGGUGGCCGAAUUAACUCGCGAAGGGAUCGUCAAUUAAGAUUCCCCCGCGUGCCGCACAUAAAAUGAUUAUGAUCAAUUCAAGCUCGGCCCAGAAAGUGGGGAAACCACCCCCGCCAGUGCCGCCCCGGCCUUCCAAAAGUGUAGUCGCCGAGGCCCUGGCCAAGUCGCGUCACCACAACAAAGUGAUCUCCAUCAGGGAGGCGGAAAAAACAAAAUCACCCACGAGGCAGGCACCGCCGCCCCCGACCCCGCGGAACGAGCUUACAAAGUCUAAAUCCACUUAUUCCAUCAACAUCCCCCUGAAGAAACCCAUGGUUUUCGAGAGAUCCAUCUCGGAGGAAGUGAAGAACACUUCAAGACCGGUAAUUUAUCAGUCCUCGAACGUGAAGUGCAACAAUAACAAUAAUAGUGUGCAAAUAACGAGGGGGACCAGUGACGUAAAAAUUGUAAAUAACAAUACGAGUAGCCUUCGCAAUAGGCUGGUUGGUAAACAGGAAAAAUUGGAAGAGGAAGACAGGAGUCGUGUUCAGGUGUCUCGAAAGGAGUCGGUUAAACGUGAGAAGUUCCGUGGGGAGGAAUUUAUAGUGAAACAUAAUGAAGGAAGUGAUGCAGCCAGCGAUGGCAGAUCGAUGUCCAACGCCAGCACCUUGGAGAAGUCGUCCGACUCGUCGGAGAAGAACGGGAGCAACGGCAGCCUUGACAAGAAGAACUGGGACCAGAUGCUCAACGACAGGAAUCACGUGAACACCCUCAUCGACGAGAUGUUCGCUAGCGUCCUGGAAGUGCAGUUUAGCGACGAUAACGGCGCACUGAAUCAAAAUAACAACAAACUGUCGACGGUGUUAUCGCAAGAUAAGACGGAAAUAAUAAUAAAUGAUGCGACGGAGAUCGAUUACGAGAACGUAAGAUUCGAUAACGGCGUUAUUGUCAGUAGCGGAAACGGCAUGUCGGGCGAAAGUAACGUGCCGAAGACGGUUAUAGUGAUAAAGAACGAUUCUUCCGAUGUGGACGACGAGGAGAAGAAGAAGCAGGUUAUCUCCUGCAGUUCCAACACUAGCUCGGCGGAGAGACAGAAACAGGUGAAGUUUAAGGAUCAACUCAACCACGAACUGCUGAUAAAGGAGCUGCAGUGCAUGAAGCAGGACCAGGACAAGAUACUGAAGAGGCAACGGAAACCGUCGAUGAACCUCUAUGAUAACAGUGCAGUGCCCAAUAGUGAGAGUACGGCGAAAAUACCGCGGCCCGAUUGGUUGGACGUGGGGGGUGGGGGGCGCGAAGUGAAGUUGAAUACGUGUCAAAUCGAGAUAACCGACGAAUCGGUCGAGAAAGAGGAGAAGAAGCCUUUUAAUCUGGACUAUGAGAGAAUAACAAAAAUGUCCUCCCUCCACGGCCUGCCGCCCCUUCCCAAGAGCCUCAGCGGUUUCAACCUUUUGGAGGGCCACCAGGGGGGCGUCAGCAUGAACCCCCCGACGCCGAUGCGUAGCAGUUCCAUAAGAUCUACCGCCCAGCAGGUACCCCCAGGUCAUCUGGUGUACCCCCCUCAUCCCAAAGUCAACGGCGAAGUGGCCGUUUCCCAAGUUGGCGGCGGAACUUCUGGUAGGAAAUCCACUAACCUAGACACCCAACUGGCCAUCCUCAGGCGGGAAAUGUACAGUCUGCGUCAGCUGGACCUGUCCUUGCUCUCCCAGUUGUGGUCCUUGAACGAGUCCAUACAGGACUUCAGGCAGAUCCUCCAGGACCAGGAGGACAGAGUGAUGUCGCCGCCUUCGCCUUCUCCCACGCCUUCCUCCGGUGAGGACAUGGACGGAGACGAGUUCUACAUGUCGGCCAGCUCUCUGAACUUCAGGCCGGCGCCACCGCCGCCCCCGAGCGUGCGGCGGCCGAGUAGCUCCUCCAACGCCUCCAGUCUGGGGUAGCCUUUGAGGAUUUCAACAUAACCUAGUAAAAUCGGCGUAUCCUGGCCGUAGUCUACUUCCAUGUCUUUAAUACAUUUGCAUAAUCGUUCUUUGUCCACCACCAAGAGAAAGACUUUUAUGUAUUUAUGCGUGUCGAAUACAAAACUAAAGUAAAACACAUAUUUGUAGGUGAUCCGUACGUGACUGUAGGUAUUUAUUGUUUUGCUAUAAGUAGUUAUUGUCCUGGAUACAAAGAAAUCUGUUUAAGAUUGAAACAAUAGAAAGUAUUCAAUAUUAUGAAGGGCUUUAAUUUGGAUUUUUGAAAAACUCUUGUAACUACAGAACUAUUUUUAUUUUAACCAGGGCAAUAAUUACCGGGCAGUCCAUUUUUGUGAUAAAAUUCUUGCACUUAAUGUUAUUUUAAAGGUAGUGUUUAAAGGUGUACAAAGUUUUACAUUAAUGUGCUCUAGUAUUUAAUAUGAUUAAUCAUCUAAUAUAGUUGGUAGUUUUAGUUGAAAGGGUCGCAAAAAAAUUGUGUCCAAGGUUAGGAUUCUCAUUUAGGCAGUUAGUUCUUUCUUAAUUUAAUUUAUCAGAAGGGGGAUUUUAUUUUGUUCAAGACGUAGAAGCUAUGGAGCUGUAAUAACUUUUAUUAAUAUUCUAACAGCGACUGAAUAAAAUUUUAAUUAUA